AUGGAUAGCCCAUCUUCUCCGCCUCGCUGAUUCCCUCGACUCUCGCUUCCUCAAUCACGCAAGCCGCCACAAGCCACCAACCUAGCGUCUAGCGGCGUGACCGGCGACGGCGGGCCGGCGGCGAUGCGGCGGCGGCAGCGAGCAGCAUGGCGCAGGCAGAGGUUGUGCACGGGCAGGCAGAUACAGGCGGUGGCGCAGCGCCGUAGAGGCGCACCGGGCGACGAGGGGCAAGCAGCUAGCAGAUCUGGCCAUCAGGCCAUCCAUCCAUCAAAGGGCAUCAGGCAUCGUCGCAGUGGGGCAAGUAGCAGCAGCUAGCAGAGCAAGCGUCAAGCCGCUAGCGGUUUGCAGUGGAGAAGAAAAAAAAAACGUUGUUAAAUUAUGCAAGCAAAUCAAUUUAAGUAGUACCCAUCCAAUUCCAAGUGAUGAGAGCACAAAUCAACCAAAGAAGCCUCAAGUACAAUUUGAUCGUAAUGAAAUUUUUGCUGAUCCCGCACAAAGAAUGCCUACUAUUUUUUCUCCUGACAUAACAGAUGAAGUGAGGAUGGCAUAUUUAUCGAAUGCUCCAAAUAGAGUACCUGACCAUAUUUUUUUUCCGAAGACAUUAGAUGGCAGGCAACCACCUGUUGCUUUCCAAUUCUUCAGCUGGCUUACGCAUGGAUUGCCAAGAGAAUAAUCUCAAAAGUUUCCUUCAGACUAAUGGGCAUGUGGUUCUUCAAAGAGUGGACAACAACUAUAGCCUGAGAUAUUUCACGAAAAAUGAGGUAUGGCACAUCACCAAUGGGUAUAGCAUCAUGCUGGGAAAGGGAGCAUUCGGUGAGGUCUACAAAGGAAUUCUAGACGACGGAUGCCCUGUUGCUGUUAAGCGGUACAUACAUGGGAACCUGAAAGAGGAAUUUGCUAAGGAGGUGAUAGUGCACUCUCAAAUAAAUCACAAGAAUGUUGUUAGACUCUUGGGCUGCUGCACGGAGGAAAAUGCUCUAAUGAUUGUUAUGGAGUUUAUCUGUAAUGGGAACCUCGACAAUGUCCUCCACUGCAGCAACACCAAGGGGUGUGUUCCUUUCCCCUUGUACAAACGUUUAGACAUUGCUAUUGAGGUUGCUGAAGCGCUAUGGUGCAUGCAUUCAAUGUAUAGUCCUGUUCUUCAUGGUGAUGUGAAACCUGCUAAUAUACUGUUAGAUGAAAACCACUCACCAAAGAUAUCUGAUUUUGGAAUAGCAAGAUUGCUUUGUGCUAAUGGGGCUCAACAUACCAAAAAUAUCAUUGGUUCUAUAGGUUAUGUUGAUCCUGCAUUCUGCGAGAAUGGAAUUCUAACCCCAAAGAGUGAUGUUUAUAGCUUUGGAGUGGUUUUGCUGGAGAUAAUCACCAGAAAGAAAGCAGUGGAUGGGACCAUCACCCUUGCUCAAAGUUUCACUGAUGCCAUUGAAAAAGGGAAGAAAGUGAUGAAUUUGUUUGAUGAGGAAAUCAACGAUAAACAAAACAUGAACUUCCUUGAAGAUAUUGGGAAGUUGGCAGUUAAAUGCUUGAGGAGGGAUGUUAAAGUGCGCCCUGAAAUGGUUGAAGUAGCAACCAGUCUAAGAAUGAUUAGGAAAGAUCUGGAGGGAGAACAAGGGAAUCUGACUCAGCAACAUACAAGUACACCAAACAACUCAACUCCCUCAAAGAAUGAAGGCUCAGCAGGACGCCAAUUUGGCAAUCUAAAUAUCUUCAAACAAGAGGAAAUUAAGCAUAUGACAAGAAACUACAGCAUGACCUUUAGGGAAGAAUUCCAUGAACGUCUAUACAAUGGAGUUCUUGGCAUGGUUCAUGCAGUUAUAGUAAAACAAGUGAGUACAUCUUCAAAAACCGACCGAGAAGUGUUUCUGAAGACUAUGGGCAUACUAUGCCAGAAGUAUCACAAAAAUGUCGCUAAUGUUGCUGGCUUUCAUUUAGGGGAAUACAUUUCAGAGUGCGUGUAUGAAUCUUGCUGUGAAUUAUCCCAGGUAAAUAAUGGCCAUAUUUCCUUCUCUAACCGAAACCUUUAUGAGAUCAUCUGCUCCACGGAAAAACUUCCUCUUCAUGUACGUUUGUCAAUAGCUGUCCAGUGUUUAGAGGGCUUGGUUCAUAUCCAUUCAUUUUUAGCUGAAAAUCCUGAAUCGCGUGGCACAAGCCUGUUCGGAAAUUUUAGGUCAGCCAAUAUUUUUCUAGACAAGAACUUCAUGCCAAAAGUUUUCAAUGCCAACUUAUCAACAUUUCUCGGGCUUUGCGCCGUGCAACAAUGUACUGCCUCUGUUGAUUGUAUUCAUGACCAAAGAUCACAAAAAUAUUAUUUAGACCCAAAGGAUGUUUCUGAUCAUCUGUUCAACCCCAAGUCUGAUGUUUAUAGCUUUGGAGUUGUUCUUUUGGAACUCAUUACUUGGAAGACAGCGAAAUACAAGUCUGGUGGACAGGCUCAUAUGCUUACGACAGACUUCCUUGAUACUUACAGAAUAGACCAUAGUGCAACAGACUUUUUUGUCAAGAAGGUUUAUGACGAGGAAGGCAAGUGUUUCCUUCAUGAAGCCAUUGCUAUUGGAGUUGAGUGCCUAAAACUUGAUGUUCAAAUGCGACCAGAAAUGAGUGAUGUUCUUUCCCGUCUCCGGAUCAUCUCUGCAGCUCAGAGUAUCAGAAGCAAGCUCAUGGGUCCACAAGCAAAAGAUUGUGGCGAUAAUGGACCUAGCCAAUACAUAGCCCCUACCCCUGUCAACAAUGAUGUCAAAAUUCCUUCUCCACCAACUUCUGCGUCGACCAUUUCGCUGGACAUACUGAAGAAAAUAACUAGGAACUUCAGUAACAAUUCCCUAAUAGGAGAAGGCUCACACGCUAAAGUUUUCUUUGGAGUGCUUAAAGAUGGAAAAAAUUCUGCAGUAAAGAAGCUCAAUCCUAAUGAAGAAACUAUAGUGCAGGUUUCGACCAUUUCAAAAAUGUUGAAGCAUGACAAUGUUGUCCAAAUUCAUGAGUAUUUUAUUGAAGGGGAAAAUCAUGUUCUUGUUUAUGAGUAUGCACCAAAGGGCUCCUUGCAUGAUAUUCUUCAUGGUAGAGAAGGUGUCACAGGAGCCCAAGCAAGACCACCUCUAUCAUGGGUGCAGCGAGUGAAGAUUGCUAUAACUGCUGCAAAAGGGCUUGAGUUCCUCCACGAGAAGGCCGUGCCUCCUGUCAUCCACACCAACAUCAAGUCCAGCAACAUACUUCUCUUUGGCAAUGAUGUUGCGAAAAUAGGUGAUCUCGGUGUCUCGAAGCAGCUUCAUGUUGAAGAUUAUGAUUACAGUUAUACACGAGUAGUUCCACAGAUUUUUCGCUAUGAAGCACCAGAGUGCAGGUUGAGAGGACAGUAUAGUGUAAAGAGCGAUGUCUACGCCUUUGGGGUUGUAUUGUUGGAGCUUUUAACUGGUCGCAAAGUAUUUGAUCAUACACUUCCGCGUGGCCAGAUGAGCCUUGUAAAAUGGGCUACACCAAGGCUUAGUAAAGACAAGGUGAAACAAUGCGUAGAUCCAAAGCUUGGACGAGCAUUCCCACUCAAGGCUGUUGCCAGGAUGGCUGCUGUGGCUGCGCUGUGCAUACAAUUCGAGGCGGAAUUUCGGCCCUCCAUGAGUAUCGUCGUCAGGGCUCUGAGCAUGUUAGAGAGCAGCACGUCAAGCAAGCAACCGAGCAUCGGUGAAGCAGCUGGAGCGUGAAGCUCGCCGUUCCGUUGGAUAUAGGGUGAUUUUGUUGCAUGAUAUUGUGCGUUCAAAGGAAGGAGGUUUCAUGUGGGUAACUAUUUGAUUGUUCCAUAUUCACCUAACUAAACUUGAACUUCACUAUAGUUUGUCUCAGAUUGUACAUAUGAUUUAAGUAUUACGAAUUCGUGAUGUUCGGUCUCAUUGUUGGAACAAAAGAGUGAUCAUACAUGAAAGACAAAA